AUGCCGAGCCAUCUAGUUGCCAGCUGCCUUUUGCUGGUUUUGGGCCUGAACAUGAGCCUGGGGGCCAGCCACAAGCGCAGUGGUGCCAAUUCGCUGGGAAUGGAUCCCGAGGCCAAGCCUGCGGCAAAUCCUGCGGUCGGUGUAGAAAACACGGACCUGCUGGACAAGCUAAGCUGGAAGUGCGCCAACAACGCGAGUUGUCUGUACGGCGUGGCCAAUGGCAUCAUGGCCUCCUACCGCCGUGGAGAGACCCUCAAACUGGGACUCUUCGACCUGGUCAAGUUGCCCGAACUGGAUGCCUCGCGCAAACACAAGUGGGGCACUGGACGCGGCCUCUCUAGUUUCAUGGACUUCGUCACGGGGAAUGCCAUCAGGGUGCCUGUGGGCCCGAUGGUCUUUAGUGUUCAGCGGGCCGAGGAUGACAGCGAAUACAUCGAGGUGGCUCUUCUGAAGAAGGCCUCUAGCGGAACAGGUCGUCUGCAGGGCAAUGGAGGAGGAGGACUUCUGGGCGGAGGAGGUGGCUUAGGUGGUAACGGAGGCGGGGGAGGAGGAUUACUGGGAGGUGGAGGUGGCGACAACGGAGGAGGAGGUGGACUUCUGGGAGGACGGAGGCGGCACCAGCACCAGGACAAGAAACAGUUCCAGAUGUUCAUACCCAUGUAUCUGGCGGCCACAACAUUUGGUUGGACGAUGGUGGCCGCAAAGGCAGUGGGACUGCUAACUCUCAAGGCUCUGAUCCUGUCCAAGAUUGCCUUCGUCGUGGCCGCCAUUGUACUGAUCAAGAAGCUCAUGGACAACGCCAGCGAGAAGAUGAUGUACCAAUUCCCCGAGCAGACACCCUACAUGAUGCCCUACGGCAUGGACUAUCCGCUUCACGGGGCUGAAAUGUCGCCGGAAAUGUACCCGGCCUCGCUGCACCACCUGGCGAUGGCCGGUGGGGGCCAGCUGCCAGGACAUCCCGGACAUCCGGGACUGGAGAGUCUGAGCGCCGAAAGCCAUCUGCACUCUGCCCAGGUGUCGAGCGAUGGCAGCAACAACACACAGGUGCUGGCCGCCCUAGGUGGACUCGGCGGACUAGGACACAAGAUCAAGCGUGAGGACUCGUGGAUGGCGAAGAGUAAGUCCACUCCAGCACGGCGACCUCUGAUCUACAACUACGUGCAACCCCACAUGCCGUACUACCGCUCCUGA